ACGCUCAGCCGACGCACUUCCGGGAAAGCAGCUGUGGGGAAUGUUUGUGUUUCUAAGAGGCUGACGGGCUGUAAUUGCAGCUGGUGGGGCGGGUGAUACAUUGUUGCCCUCUACCUGGGUGCCUGUCCGGCGCCGGGCGAGUUGCGAGGUUCCUUAUUUAUUGUUACUCCCCUAGCAGCAGUCGACACCAUGGGGAAGUCAUUCGCUAAUUUCAUGUGCAAGAAGGAUUUCCAUCCCGCCUCCAAGUCCAACAUCAAGAAGGUAUGGAUGGCAGAGCAGAAAAUAUCAUAUGACAAGAAGAAACAGGAAGAUUUAAUGCAACAGUACGUAAAAGAACAAGAUUCUUACAACAAUCGAUUGCUUCUGGGUGAUGAACGUGUGAAAAAUGGGCUAAAUUUCAUGUAUGAAGCCCCUCCAGGAGCUGAGAAAGAAACCAAGGAGCAAGAGGGGGAGACGACUGAAUACAAAUUUGAGUGGCAGAAGAUGGCUCCUCGAGAAAAGUAUGCUAAGGAUGAUAUGAAUAUCCGAGAUCAGCCCUUUGGUAUACAGGUUCGCAAUGUGAGGUGUAUUAAAUGCCACAAAUGGGGCCACGUGAACACAGACAGAGAAUGCCCAUUGUUUGGACUUUCGGGGAUCAAUGCAAGCUCAGUCACUGCAGAUGGGGCAGGGCCAUCAAUGCACCCCUCAGAGUUAAUGGCGGAGAUGAGAAACAGUGGGUUUGCGCUGAAACAAAGUGUGCUGGGAAGAAAGCUGACCGUAAAUGAUCCAUCGCAGGUAUAUGUGGUCAGCGAAGCAGAGGAAGAAGAGGAUGAUCCAGAAGUGGAGUUUUUAAAAUCCUUGACUACAAAACAAAAACAAAAGCUUCUAAGAAAGCUAGAUCACCUUGAAAAGAAAAAAAAGAAAGGGAAGAAAAAGAAGCUGCAGAAGAAGAAAAGCAAAAAUAAGCACAAAAAGCGAAAGAGCAGCAGCCACAGUAGCAGUUCCUCCAGCGACUCUUCCAGCAGUAGCGACAGCGAGUCUGACACCAAGGACAAGAAGAAACAUCGGAAGAAGUCUAAGAAAGCUAAGCUUGCUAAAGAGUCUGACGACAGCAGUGAUUGUGAAGACAAAGCUGUGUCACGGAAAAUUAAAAGGACUGAUGAACCUUCAACUAGCUGUGGGAAAAGUGAGGGGGGUCGAGAGGACAGUAGCACCAGUAAAAAUGUCCACAGAUCCCUGGAUGAAAAUGAAAAGAAGGAACAUCACAGAAUGGAGGAAUACAGGAGUGCUCAACAAAGAGAUGAGCGGUUAGACAAAAGCCAUAGGCAUGAAAAAGCAAGUGAGAAAAGUGACAGAGCUAGAAACCAUCGGCAUAGAAGCAGGAGUCCAAGCAGAAGUAAUCACAGAGAUGGGAAUGAGUAUGAGUCUACAAAACUGAAAGACAAGGGGAAAGACAGAGAUCACAGAAGUGGAGACAGGGAGAGAAGUAGGAGCAGAGAGAGGGAUCACAAAAGGAGGUAGCCUAGUUGUACAUUGUUUAAAAAGAAUGGUAAAUCCUCAUUGUCUUAAUCUGGUUUUUAAACAUUUGGUUUCCUCUUUACAAUAAACAUAUUACUCCUUCCUAAUAA